AUAUGGCAUCUCUUAUGGUUACUUGUUGGCAUUUUGUUUGAUGAAAGUUAGGCUUAACGAUACAUAUUGUUGUCCUUAUUUUAUUUUUUAUUUCCCAAACAUUUCAGUAAUUUGCAUAGAUCUAGAUAACUUAUUACCUUGGUUUUGGUCUUAAAACAUACACCAAUCAUGUCGCCAAAAAAUAUACCAGACAGGUGGGAAGCAUAUUCAGCAAUUGGGAAUAUUAUUACUGGAACUCGGUUCAUUCCAUUUAAGGUUCCCUUAAAAGAGGCAAUAUGUCGAAAUUUACCACAGAAUCGUUGGUUUACGCCUGGCAUGUUGACAGAGAAUGUGAAAGGUUUAGGUCUGGUUAUAGAUCUGACGAACACAAGACGGUAUUACGACUCUGAGGAACUAGAAAGAAAGAACAUAAAGUAUUUUAAGAUAUUUUGUGAAGGACGACAGAUACCCAGCAGCAAGGUUACAACAAGUUUCUUCAAGGCUGUCGAAGACUUUCAAAGGACCGAAGGUGAAAUAGGUAAACUGAUUGGAGUCCAUUGUACGCAUGGUCUGAACAGGACUGGUUAUUUAAUUUGUCGAUACAUGAUUGAUCGGAUGAACUUCCCUCCACGCGAAGCUAUUCAAGCCUUUCAAGUAGCCAGAGGUUAUCCAAUUGAAAGAAAAGAGUACGUGAACAACUUGCUUGGAGACAGUUUUUCUGAUGACCGAAAGAUAAAUCCAAAUACCAAAAAAGACAAAUACUUAGAACUCCCAUCUGUACAAUUUCAAAUUCGCUACUCAAAACCUAAGCAAUCAGAGUGGCCAAUUGAAAAAAAGCAAAAAUGUUUUGGAAUUCGAGACUGGAUACAAAACUCUUCUCACCGACAAUUUAGUAGACCACGUGAGAAAACAUAUGGAAUGCAGGAGUCCUUAUCUGGGCAACCAGCUGAAUCAGGUAUGCAACACCACAUAACACAAAACUCCUUACUCCAACAACCUAGUGGAUCAUCUAAGAUGACUUAUGGAAUGCAGGAGUCGUUACCUCGCCACCCCGUUAGGUCAGAUAGGCAACACUAUAUAACACAAAACUCCUUACUCCAACAACCUAGUGGAUCAUCUAAGAUGACUUAUGGAAUGCAGGAGUCGUUACCUCGCCACCUCGUUAGGUCAGAUAGGCAACACCACAUAACACAAAACUCCUUACUCCAACAACCUAGUGGCUCAUCUAAGAUGACUUAUGGAAUGCAGGAGUCGUUACCUCGUUACCCCGUUAGGUCAGAUAGGCAACACUAUAUAACACAAAACUCCUUACUCCAACAACCUAGUGGAUCAUCUAAGAUAACUUAUGGAAUGCAGGAGUCAUUACCUAGCCAUCCCGUUAGGCCAGAUAUGCAACACUAUAUAACACAAAACUCCUUAUUACAACGACCUAGUGGAUCAUCUGAGUUAACCUACGGAAGUACAGGAGUUGUUAGGUCACGUAAGCAGAAGAAUCAAACACAAAACUUUUUAUGCCAACAGCCUCGUACCUCACGUAAAGUAACAUACAAAAUGCAGGAAUCGUUACCACGGCAACCCUACAGAUAUCGUGAAAAGUAUUACACCAUACAGAAUUUUUUACAUCAACGACCUAGUGGAUCACGCGAGGCAAUCAACGAAACGUUUAUGUCUAGAAGAUCAAACGAAAAUUUUUGACAAAUGGAUAAACCAUUCCUGCCAAAUCUUGACGGUUCGUGUAAAGAUACUUACAAACUGGAGAAUUCAUUCGACCCGACGAAGAGCGGAACACACAGAAGAUCUUACAAAACUGUCUCCGAAGGGUCACUUAAAUAUCUGUUAAGGUGUAAGCCGUAGUAACAGCAGUGAAUCAUAUUACACGAAAAGUUUAAAACAACAGCAAAUCGAUCUAAACAAUCCUUUGAAUAUCGUGAAAAUAAUUGAAGUGGUCACCAGAAAUGUCUGUGAAACUUAUCCAGAAAUAACUGUUCAGGUUUAAUAGAUAUUUUUGUUGUAAAAUACUUAGCACGAAUUUAUGAGAACGAAAAGAAAAACAAAUGACCGGUUUCAUUUAAUGACACAUGUAUGGAGGACAGAAUUUGCAGGAAUGGGGAAUAAAUUGAAAAAUAUUACCUUUGACAUAUUUUAUUAAGCUGACAAGCUACUGAAGGUAAUAGGUGAGAAAAGAUUUCAAAAUGUUUUAUCAUAUAGCUUUCCUUUAAUAAUAGAGUAACUGCAGUAGUUUUGUGCUUUUAUAUUUUUAUCUUUUUGUUAUAAGAAAAAAUUGUGAUAACAUUCGAAACCCACAUUGAAAUUGAAAUUAUGGAAAAUAUUUUAUCAAUGUCAGUGACUUGGGAUAAAAGUGGUGUUAACUUGCGAUGUCCUGUGUAUGUAUACUAUGAAAAAUAAAGACUUAACUGAAUGAAA